UUUGUGACGUCAUGGGUCAAAGCCGACGGGUUAGAUCGGACGCUUCCGUAUUAAAAACUGGAGAAUAUAGUGUGAUGAUAGGAAUAUAUGUGACAGAAUUGACGUUUAUGUGGUAAAGCGUUAUUACGUACCGUACAAUUGAUAUACGUCUUCAGUAUAAGAUUUGCAGUGGUGGACUGACUAUGCUGACGUUGCUGUAGUAUCUUGAACGAUGCCAAGAUCCUCAUUAUGAUACCACUUGGAUCUAAUCCUAACAGUGCCCAAAAUGGGUCGGGCAAUCAGUCUACGCCAGCACCAGUCAGCAAAUCUGGUAGUGCCACCACGAAGACGGCGUCUGCUGUAAGGCCAAAUUACGCCCUCAAAUUUACUUUGGCAGGACACACAAAAGCUGUUUCGUCAGUGAAAUUUAGUCCGAAUGGUGAAUGGCUUGCCAGCUCAUCUGCUGACAAAUUAAUAAAAAUUUGGGGAGCGUAUGAUGGGAAGUUUGAAAAAACUGUUUCCGGUCACAAGCUUGGAAUUUCAGAUGUUUCAUGGUCAAGUGACAGUCGUUUGCUAGUAAGUGCCUCUGAUGAUAAAACUUUAAAAAUUUGGGAAUUAAGUUCUGGAAAAUGUUUGAAGACUCUUAAGGGACAUAGCAAUUAUGUGUUUUGCUGCAAUUUCAAUCCGCAGUCUAAUUUGAUAGUUUCUGGCUCAUUUGAUGAAAGUGUUCGUAUUUGGGAUGUAAGGACUGGGAAAUGUCUGAAAACACUGCCUGCCCAUUCUGACCCUGUUAGUGCUGUACAUUUCAACAGGGAUGGUUCUCUAAUUGUAUCAAGUAGCUAUGAUGGCCUCUGUCGCAUCUGGGAUACAGCCUCAGGACAGUGCUUAAAGACACUAAUUGAUGAUGAUAACCCUCCUGUUUCAUUUGUCAAAUUUUCACCAAAUGGUAAAUAUAUUCUUGCUGCAACAUUGGACAGUACGCUUAAGCUUUGGGACUAUAGCAAAGGAAAAUGUCUUAAGACAUACACAGGACAUAAAAAUGAGAAGUACUGUAUAUUUGCAAAUUUUUCUGUUACUGGUGGUAAAUGGAUUGUGUCUGGCUCUGAAGAUAAUAUGGUCUACAUCUGGAAUCUCCAGACAAAAGAAAUUGUCCAGAAGCUCCAGGGCCAUACAGACAUAGUUUUGUGCACAGGUUGCCAUCCUACGGAGAACAUUAUAGCUUCUGCUGCUUUGGAGAAUGAUAAAACAAUAAAACUGUGGAAAAGUGAUUCAUAGUGUAAAGUCUUCCCAUGCUUUAUCAUCACUUUUGGACAUUAAAAUGUGCUUGUGUUAUUUUUAUAACUAGAUAAUUAAAAGUUAUUGAGAAGA